AUGUCCGUCCCGGACCGGACGAGAUCCCGCCGCCGCUCCCAGCCAGUGGCAUCGCGCCACAUCACCCCCGCCGUCGUCUCCGCCGCGCGCCAGGCCCGCCGAGCCCGGAUCGGGCCCGCGGGGCCCAUCCCGCCGGCGCCGCGACCCGCGAGCGAGCCUCGCCUCCCGCCGCCCGCGCCCGCGCGUGCCGCCCCUCCGCCGGUGCCGUCCGCCGCCGCGCCCCUCCGGCGUCCCUUGCUUCCGCCCGGUCCCGCGCCGCCGCCCCUCCGCUCCCGCUCACCUCGCCGGAGCGAGCCCCGCCGGCCGUCGCAACCGGACCCCGCCGCCGUGCCCGUCGCCUUGCCUCUUCCGGCCGCCGUGCCGCGCCGCCCCGCGCCCGCUCCGGUCCGGAUCCGGCGAGAUCCGGCCGGAGGGAGCUUCCCCCUCGCCGGCGCUGCGCCAUCCCCGGCUGCCUCCCUCUCCCCCGGCCUCUCUCCGACGAGACGCGCCGCUCGGCCCCGAUCCAGUUCUACAGUGCCCGUAGGUUGA